GUUUUGAACUAUUUACCAAAAAAAAAUGUAUAAGAGCAAAAAUUAAAAGUAAUAAAAUUCUGGUUUUUUUAAUUGAAAAAAAAGGUAAAAAAAGAGAGGACAAAUUGCAUAAAUGUCACAAAACACAGUUGUAGCAAAACUCCAGCCUCCAACUGGCUUCCGUGUCCCACCAUUUCUCUCUCACUGUUGUGAUAUAAAUUUCCCAUUUUUUUCUUUGUGUAAUUUCAGUUCUGUGGAGGAAAGGAAACGUGGAAUAGUAAGCUCACGAGACAAACCAAACAGAAAAAACCUCAGAACAAAAGCUGAAGCAGAGAACACAACAGAUUGGAAGAGGAAAAAUGGCUUUGAAGUUGAAUGCCAUCAAUUUCCAAUCCCCAAAGUGCCCAUCUUUUGCUCUUCCUCAAAUGGCCAGCCUCAGAUCUCCCAAGUUCUUCAUGGCCUCAACUCUUGGCUCUGGAACAAAGUAAAUUGGUUUUCCUGUUUAAUUUUUUUUUUCUCAUCUUAUUUGAUUGAGGUUUUGGAUUGAAAAAUGAAUAUUGUGCUGUCCUUUUUACUGUUUUAUGUUUUUUUUUUUUUAUGGUGAAAAAGGUUGGAUCUUUAUCAAAUACGUGUUUUUUGGACUGUUAAUUGACCUGGGUUCUUGUAAUUGUCGCCUUAAUUUCCUUGGAGAUUAAAUAAUUUCUUCUUUCUUUCUUUCUUGAUAUGUUUUUAUGAUGUUAAUACGCCUCUUCUUCUCUUAUACUUUCAAGUUGUCCGAUCGUAUCCACGCAUGCACUUCAGAAGAAUUAAUGGCGGUUCUGUUUCUUAUGUUUCUCUGUUCUCUGGUCUCUCUGUUCACAUCCCCCUCCCCAAUUUGGGAGUAAUAUUUUCAUUUGUUAAUUGGUGCUCUGGGCUAUUGGAAAUGUGAUGCUCUCUUGUCUUCUUAAUUGACUCUGUUGAAAAGUAACCUUUUUUAUAAAAUUAUUUUUAUGUGUUUUUGCAUUCCCAGAGGAAAAAUCAUGCGUAGAUUGUUGUAAUUAUAUUAGGGGCUGGUUGAUUAUCUAUAACAGUGUCAUACAUCCCUAUGAGGGUCUCCUUUUCUUUGCAGUUUAUACUAGCAGUUGUUCAUUUUAAAUCAAGUAUGUUAACAUAUUGAAAUGGUCAGUGAUGUACGAAUUUUACUGAUUAUAUUAUUGCAAGUCAUUUUCAAUUGUUUGCUGAUGAGGACUAUUGAGAUGCUGAAUAUAAUAUCACCAAUAUCUAUUGGUGGUUGUGAGGGCAAUGGACAUGAAUUGUUUGUUUCAUUUGGUUGGACUUAGCUCUAUUUUGUUAGGUUGGAAACUCUAUUGAAUGAAUUGUAAAUAUUUCUCUUUUUCCUCACCUGACAACAUCAAACCUGAACAAAUUUGAAAAUCCUCAAGUUUCAUUAAAUUUUAGCCGUGUAUUUCAUUUUCUUUUUGUUUGUUAAAUCUUUGAGACCCAAAACUUUUUUCUUUUUGUUUAUUUACCUUUUAUUUUCCUUGCAUUUUUAAUAAUUUCUAGUUCGGUGCGAAGUUGUCUUAUGUGAUUUAUCUCAAUUUUGUCAGCGUUUGUAGUUUUCUUACAGCUGUUCAUGUCCAUUAUGCAUGUUUUUUACGUGUCAUGAAUGAGCUAUUUGCGGCCACCUGUAUCAAGCGUUUCUCAUCACUUUGUGGCAUUGUCAUUAUGAGUCUGCCGCUUAUUUUCUUUAUUUCCUAGUAGAAUCUGUUGACUUGCGCCGACACAAUGGUUCGGUUCGGCAAACAAACUACUUUAAAUGGUGUCAUCAAUAAAUAUCUGGCCAUCCCCAUCUUUAUUAAGGAUGUUGGAGCUUAAAGCCACGUACUUGUGAUUUUGUAAUGUAGAAUGUUUAAUAUGUUGCACCAAGACUUUUUGAUACUAGAUCCAUUCUCAAACAAUGUCUGGCUAUGUCUGGUAUUUGUAACUUUGACUAUUAUGCAAUUGUCGAGUGGGGUAGCUGCCUUGUAUUAAAUUUUUCUCGCAUUGGCUUCUCAGUGAUUGGUUCUUGUUACUUUUAGCUCUAUGAUAAUAGUUCUAAGAUACUAUCCUCCUACCUUUGUACCUCCCUGGAAACAACAUUGUUUCUGCUACAAAAAUGUUAGACAAGUAAUGAUAUUUAAGUAUUCCUUUUAAUUUCUUUGUGGCGUAGUUAGAAAUGUCAUUGAGUUUCGUGUAAACCAAACACGUGAAUUGUUGCACAUUAAUUACAAAUUGCUAGAUCGCUGUCGGUGCUGAUGAAAUGCAUUGUGAUUUUGAAGAAAAUUUGCACGCCACGUGUCUUCAUAUCCAGAUACAUCUGAGCCUCUAGAGGCAUGAAUCUUGCACGUGUCCUACACCCGUAAAGAUACACAUUUGUUAUGUAUUUAUGUUGAACUAAUCUACCAUAAAUUUAAUUUUCCAAUUAAACAAUUCCCAAAUAUACAAUAUUGCACAAGGACAUAAUGCAUGCAAAACCAACCGGCAGAACCAAGUAAAUCUGGUUGCAUCUUUUGUGGGUUGCAAAUAAUGCCAAUUGAUCACCUUUUUCCAAUACCCUAUUUUUUGUUAACAGGCUGAAAUGUUGUAUAAUUUAUGCUUCAUUAUAUUUUCCCCAUGUAACAUUGUCAUGUCUGACGAGUCUGAUCAACUCGGAUGUAGAAGUUAAGGCAUUUGGUCUUGUGAAAGUAAGAUGUUUUAUUUUGAUAGCUUUCAAGUGAAGUAAAAGAACCUAAGGAUAAAAAAAUUAGAUACUGCAAUGUGCUCUAGCAUGUGUGUGUGGUGUUUGUGUGUGUGUGCGCAUGUGUGUGUUAAUAUAUCUUGCCAGUUUCCUAAAGAUGGAAAUCUCCAUGGAUAUUGGAAUGGUUUUGAGGUUGUGUAUGGUUAUUUAUCAUAGUUCUUAAGAUAUACUUCUUUGAGUGCACAAUUAGUGGAUUUGUAAAAGCGGUCUAUGCAAAUAUUCUUUUGUCCGUCUGUAAUAAAAUAAUGCAUAUGCUCAAGCCAUUUCUGUUGCCUUAAUAAUAAUAUUGCUUUUUCCAUUCAUUUGAUUAGUAUUUUGGAGGAACUUUUGUUUUCUUCAGAGCAAUCCCUUGAAAAUUGAGAUUUCGGAUGACCACAAUUUAGUGAUCCCAUUGUGAACAAUCCCUCGUGUAUCUUCUAUCCGCUCAAUUGUGAUAUACCUUACAGUUAAUAACAGUAUGUCCUUGUCUUAAAUGUAUAUAAAAAACCUGGCUGUAGAUAUUAAUACUGAAAUCUAAUGAAAGAAUAUAUGGCAAGCCUCGUCUUCGCUGAUGCACCCCUCUUUGUCUGCUUCUUUUAUAUUUUGACUUGCUAACUUGUCCUCCAAGUUUAUAUAUUCUAAUACUCUGUUUAUGCAUUUAGAGAGGUUGACAGUAUCAAAAAGCCGUUCAGUCCCCCCCGUGAGGUUCAUGUGCAAGUAACGCACUCCAUGCCACCUCAGAAAAUUGAGAUCUUCAAAAGUAUUGAGGGCUGGGCUGAGGAAAAUAUUUUGGUUCACUUGAAGCCAGUGGAGAAAUGUUGGCAACCACAGGACUUUCUUCCAGAUCCCGCAUCUGAUGGAUUCCAUGAUCAAGUCAAGGAACUGAGGGAGCGAGCAAAGGAAAUUCCAGAUGAAUAUUUUGUUGUUUUGGUUGGAGAUAUGAUAACAGAAGAAGCCCUUCCAACUUACCAAACAAUGCUUAACACCUUGGAUGGUGUUCGUGAUGAAACUGGAGCAAGUUUGACUCCUUGGGCUGUUUGGACAAGGGCUUGGACCGCCGAAGAAAACAGGCAUGGUGACCUUCUGAACAAGUACCUCUACUUGUCUGGGAGAGUGGACAUGAGACAAAUUGAGAAAACAAUUCAGUAUCUGAUAGGAUCGGGAAUGGACCCUCGAACUGAAAACAGUCCUUACCUUGGAUUCAUCUAUACAUCAUUCCAGGAAAGGGCAACUUUCAUUUCCCAUGGAAACACUGCCCGGCAAGCCAAGGAGCAUGGCGACAUGAAAUUGGCUCAAAUUUGUGGUAUAAUUGCAGCUGACGAGAAACGCCAUGAAACUGCCUACACCAAGAUUGUUGAGAAGUUAUUUGAGAUUGAUCCUGAUGGUACAGUGCUUGCAUUUGCUGACAUGAUGAGGAAAAAAAUAUCCAUGCCCGCUCACUUGAUGUAUGAUGGACGUGAUGAUGAUCUUUUUGACCACUUCUCAGCCGUUGCACAACGCCUUGGUGUUUACACAGCCAAGGACUAUGCAGAUAUACUGGAGUUUCUGGUCGGCAGAUGGAAAGUGGGAGAUCUGACUGGACUAUCCUCAGAGGGCAGAAAAGCUCAAGAUUAUGUCUGCGGACUGCCUCCAAGAAUCAGAAAGCUUGAGGAGAGAGCUCAAGCCAGAGCCAAACAAGGACCCAUCCUGCCAUUCAGCUGGAUAUACGAUAGAAAAGUGCAGCUCUGAGCUAUGAGCCGAAAACAAGUCAAAGAUUGAGACUCUAGCUAUCAUUUACUUCCAGAAAUCAUAUAUAUAGGUAGAAUGUGUCUUUGAGUUGUAGCAUGUUUGCCGUGUCGAAGUCAAACUAAUGGUCCAUUGUGAGAGAGCGCUUUUGUUGGGAGUAGCUAUAUGGUUGGUUGUAGAUACUAGUUGUUUCUGUCUGGUAUCACCCCAUUUGUCUCCAUAAUAGGAGAAACUGUAGUUUCUGUGUUGUGUUAUUGAAUGCUCAUUGUUAUGUGUUACUGUACUGUUUUUUUGACUGUGAGCAUAUUGUCACAUCUACCCAAUUUUGAUAUCAUGAGGAAAUUGAUCAACUUAUCAGGAAAUUAAUUAUAUCCUUAAAUUAACUUUGCUGGUGGCUUGUUGACAUUUGCUCAUCCAGAUAAACAUCUCCUGA